GUUUCCUUGGCCUUUGUUUCCUCCAAAUAUAUGGUCCUUAGUUGCUUGGUUACGGUAGUGGGGUCUGCAUCUGCAGAUUUCAGCUAGCAAGAGUUGCUAGCUAAAGAAGGAGUUGUUUACAUGGAAUCACAUAAUGAUGGAUGAGGAAACUGAGCUGUCGUUUACAAUCGCCCAAAUUGUUCAGCGCUUAAAAGGAACACAUUUGCAUUCUCAGCUAGAAAGGCAGGCGAAAGAAUGUUUGCACAGACCGGAUAUAAAACUUGAAUCACUUAAAGACGAUGUUCGGAAUUUCUUGAAAGUAUCGGGUUGGGAGAGGAAGCUUCAGAAUGCAGUGUACAGAGAAUUGCAUAUCAGGCCUCCCCCCAGGCACCCUGCUGCCCCCCCUGAGCACACCAAAGAGCCACUGGCUUACAUGCGCAAGGCCCAGGCCAGCUGGGAGAAGAGGAUCCUGAAAAGUCUGAACAGCAUGUGCACUGAACUAGGGGUUCCACUGGCGAGCAAGAGGCCAGUGCCAGAACAGAGGCAGCUGUCAAACAAGUGGAACGAGAUGGGGACGGAUGAACCAGACCUGAGUAAAUUCAGGCCUGUCUACGCUCCCAAGGACUUCCUGGAGGUGUUGAUCAGCUUGCGAAACCCUAACCUGGACUGCAGUGAGGAGGUGGGCUCCCAUAGCCACUGGGGUCUGAUCCAGGUGCCCCUCCACAUCAGAGAUGUCCCCAGCUGGGAGGCUUGUCCUGAACUGACCCUGACCAGCGGGCAACUCGGCAUCGAUGACCACCCUCACGUUCCCGCAGAUUUGUUUGAAAGUGAGCACAUUCGUCUGGGCAAGAGAGUACUGAGUGAGCAGGACAGUGCCGCAGCUCAUCAGUACAGCAGGCAGGGCUGCCCCACUGGCCUGAGAGCUGAACUCUGGGCCCUGAUACUAAACUCCACCAACGAGCCAGAGGACAUCAUGCACUAUGAGCAGCUGAAGGCUGGGGUCAUUCAGCAUGACCUGCUGGUGGACAACCUCAUCUAUAAGGAUGUGAAGCUGACUGCAAGUAAUGAUGACUACUACUUUGUGUUUGAGGAUUUCCUCUAUCAGAUCUUGCUGUGUUUUUCACGUGACACAACGGUGCUUGAGCACUUCAAUUACAACAGUGCCACUCCGCCCAAGUCCUACAUACAAGGCAAGACAGAAGAGGAUGGAUAUGCUGUUAUUUAUCCUCCGAAUGGUGUUAUCCCUUUUCAUGGCUUCUCCAUGUAUGUGGCCCCUCUGUGUUUUCUGUACAACGAGCCGUCCAGGCUGUACGGUGUGUUCAGGGAGAUGUACGUGCGCUACUUCUUCAGAUUGCAUUCCAUCUCCUCCCACCCCUCAGGUAUUGUGUCCCUUUGUCUUCAGUUUGAGAGACUGCUGCAGGCUCACCUGCCCCAACUCUUCUACCACCUCAGAGAAAUCGGUGCCCAGCCCUUGUCCAUAGCCUUCAAGUGGAUGGUGCGUGCAUUCUCGGGAUACCUUUCCACUGACCAGCUCCUGUUGCUGUGGGACCGUGUCCUCGGCUUUGACUCACUAGAGAUUGUGGCAGUUCUGGCGGCUGCCGUGUUUGCCUUCCGAGCCGAGAACCUGAUGGAAGUGACAUCACUGGCCUCUGCUGAGGCCGUCCUUGCUGACCUCUCUACCCUGAAGGUCAUGCCCCUGAUCCAGAUCUUCAUCUUCGCCACGGUUAUCUAACCCUCCAAGAGAAGAUGAGGAGGAGGAGGAGGAGGAGGAGGAGGGGGGAGAGGCAGGGGAGGGGAAGAGGCUAAGUCUUCUGAGCCAUUCCCACGCCAACGCCGCAUGCCUUCCUUUUUAUCCCUCACGCCAGCUCCACACCAAACGAUGGAACGCAGGGGAGAGGAACAACAAGGAGGAGGACACCGCAAACGACCAAAACCUCCCAGUGUGGUCCAAGGCUGGUCGUAGAGGGACAAGCCAUUAACCGCCUGUCAUAGUACCCUCGUUACACACGGGCACACCAUGUGUCACGCCACCUGCGCCCGCUCCGGUGCUGUCUCACUUGCACCGUUGCCACCCGUGGAUCAUUUUACCCUGCUGUAUGCCUUACCCCAAACUUGACCCCCCAUCCCCCACCCUCCCCCAGCUUGCAUUCUCAUCUGAAAACCCCCAUCCAUAUGCCAAUGCUCCAUAACUAGCUCAAAAUGCAUGCAUCGCCAAUUGCAGAAGCUGAAAAACUCCUUGCAUUUAACAAAGCAAAGCUUGUUUUCCUUUGACCAAUUUCAUGUGGCAUAGCAAUGUACUGUAUAUAAUUUACUUUUUGCACAACAAGUGCAAAGUGUUAUUUAAAUGUUAGUAACCACUGCUUUGUCAUUGCUGAUAAUCAUCAAAAUUGAGAAAGGGAAGAAACAUGAUUUUUUAUUUCCAUGAUGGAUGUUUUCCUUUAAUCCAAAGGGCUGUACCAGCCACCACUCCAUUUUGCCAGAAAUUCAGUUACUCUGUCACACACAUACAUGUUAUAGUAAGCUGUAAUGAAAAGUUUCUAGAUGAUUGUAUGUAUACUGUACACAGCUUUGUAGAUUGUUUUUGUUGCAUGGUUAGAAAAAAGAAAUGCCUUGCUCAGACAGACAGUAACUGGUGCUUGACUUAUGACUUGGUAUAACAUAACAUGGUAGUAUCCCCCAAACAUGGUAUCUAACCUUGCUCUUUUCCAGUAACCAAUAUAUAAUUCAGCAACCAGUAUUUGUCAGGAUGCCAGCCUAUUCUUUGGGUUCACCUCUUGUACAGGUAUUGAUUGCUAUAUGUGCUAAUAUGAGUGUACUGAGAUUGAGAUUGUUUUCAUUAUGAGCUGUUUGUCAAUAUUCACUCUGCAUACUUCACUUGAUGGGAACCAGUUGCAAUCCUGGCCAGACUGAAAGCAGCACCGCAGGUAUAUGCGACUUAUCACUGGUUUGGCUGGCAAAGAACCCUUCCAUUUUUUUAAGGAAAAAAUGCGUUCUCAUAUGCAACACCUGGUGACGCCAUGGAAACCAAAAGGUGAGCGAUGGGUGUAGCAUUUAGUCAUUGGUGUCGACUUGUUUUAAAUUCCUUACACUUAUUUACUAUGAUUUUUUUGUAGUUGUGUUAUUGUUUUUAUUUGGUUAAAUAUGUAUUGUUUACCAAUAACUGUCCCAUGCCUUGAUCACAUGUGUCAUAUGUUAUAUAUUUAGAUGUUUUAUUAUUUAUUAUUAGCUGAUGGUUGAUUUCAGCCAUUUUGUUAUGCCUUAUAUUGCAGUAGGCCUAAAUAUCAUGUCAGCAUCACUUUACAUUACAUGGACAAUGCCAGGAAUUAAUUACCCAAAUAAAAUAACUAAUGCAUUUGACAUA